AUGUCUUCCAAGCCUAAUAGUAGUAGUGGUAUCAAAAGUGACAAGAUAGCAAUAUAUCAAGCAUGUUUCAUUUCCCCCGAGUAUGAAGAAAAACUAUUGGAAGUGGAUGCAAUCUUGGAGGCUAGAAAGAAAGACAAAUCUAUUUCUAUUGAUGACUUUCUGAAUCAAUCACGUGAUAGAAAAAGCAAGAAGAAAAAGAAGAGUGAAGAUAGCCUUCUAAUGGAUACUGAGGAUCUAAGAAAGUUAUUUGAUGUAAUCAAGAAGAAGGCUGACAUUGGAAACGAGGAUAACUCGUUCACUAGUAAAGGAAAAAGGGAAAAGGAAGAAAUCAUUAUCAACCUAUUAGCUGGUAAUGAAAAGGCUUUGAAUGUGUUUCGUGACAUCCUCUCGGAAUGCAAAAAGAAUAUAGUUGCUCACAACAAUAGAUUUGUCAAAAUUGAGCCAAUUUGGCAGGUUGGUGUUGCUGUAGUUUUGACAAGCAAAUUCAAAGAUGACUAUAUCAAUAUUGGAUUUGGUAAUUUGAAAUCUGUACCAGUUGAGGGAAGUGAAAUAGUCCAAGUAGAAAUUAGACAAAUUCUUGAACAUGCUGAACAAUUUGUAAAUGGUGUUGAAAUAGUUACGGGAAGUAUUAUUGAUUAUCCCUACUCUCUGCUCUCUAAAUACAUGACGGAACAGGAUAAUCGAUUGUUGAGCAAUCCUCCUCCAUCCAGAAGAAAUAUACUGCCUGUUAAUAAUCUAUUAAUAUUUGAUAGCAGAUCUACUCGAAUGGAUAUUGGUGGUGAAGAAAGUGUAAUGAAUGUUGAUCGUAUGCAUGUAGAUCAACCUAUUAUAAGUGAUCUGGAUAGAAUAACAAGUAAUAAUUCCGAUAGUGGUAGUAGUAAUAUCAAUCAAAUUGCAAAUAAUCCUAUUCCAAAUACUAUUCAAAAUAAUCAUACUAGUAAUCAUAGUCUUGUUCCUACUAAUCCAAUCCAUAUUAAUAGUAAUCCUAUUCUUACAAAUAGUUCAAUUAAUAAUCAAGUUGUCACUAAUCUACACAACUCUUCAAAUAAUAACAAAUUGAGUUUCAUUUCAAAUCAUAAUAAUACUACUCUAAUUGCUAUGAAUAGUAAUGACAAUAUUCCAGCAUCUGCAUUACUCCACAAUUAUGAGUACAUGUUCGGAAAUGAUGGUAUAAGCAACCCAAACACCAACAAGCCAUUUCUAGUAGUUAGUACAAAAGAUAUGAUAAAGCUCUUAGACAGCUACAGUCAAUUGAUAGCACAUUAUGAUAUUAUGAAAAUGCAAAUUGACAGUGACUCUCAAUUAAUCAAUAGUUUCAAGAUAUUGGCCAGUGGUAGAAAAAUAAUUGAUACUUCUGUUGUUGCAGUACAAACAGUUAUCAUCCUUUUUGGACAAAAAGAGAAGGUUAUUACUAAGACUGAAUUGGCUAAUUUCAAAAAAAUCGUUCAUAUUAAUCAUGCUCUGGACAAGAUAGUCGAGUGGUUUGACCUUGAAGAAAGUAAUUUAAGCAAUCAUGAACAACAGUUAAAAACAUUUCUAAGUCAAUACCAUAAAGGUCUUGAAUUGAAUGAAAGUUCUUUGAGAAAUAGAAAUUCAAAGAAACCCCCUAAAAAGAAGAGAAAACAGGUACAAGACAGUAGUGGUGCAAGUAGUAGCAAUGAUCAAUGA